GCAGGGGUUAGAUUAUCACGAGGAGUGUGAUCAGGAAUAUACGUGGGAUUUGCUAUAUACACACCACCACCGUAUAGAACAAGGAAAACGGGGGAGGGUCCAAAAUAAGGAAGGCACGGAAGAUUUGAGUGAGAUUUGAAACAUCAAACGCUGAUCCACCGUUCUCUACCGGAUAUCUCGAAGCAUACCCCAUCGGCAUUGUCCUCCGUUUCUCCCGCAGUCCUCCAUCCCUCACUCCUUGUGUUUCAGAUCUAUCCAUCCAUCACUAUUGCGCGUAAAGACAACUACUCUGGAUCACAUGGCCUCCUCCUCCUCUAAUUACUUGACAAAGUGAAAGAGGUGUGCGCACCCCCUUCAUUCAGGAAGCAAAUCAUCACUUGAACGAGUCUGUCUCUUCACCAUUUCGCUCUAUGUCUCCAUCCCAGCAUUGAAUUGCUCCCAUUUUGAGAUCUGUCAGAGAAUCGCCUUCCCCCACCUCUCUGUUAUUUCUUUGCGUGUGUUUGCGGAGGGGCGGAUCUUUCCCCACAAUAUAAUAUGGAAUCCGAUAAGAAAUCUCCCGCCGUAUCGGACGUGGGAGCAUGGGCGAUGAACGUAUUCAGCUCCGUCGGAAUCAUCCUUGCCAACAAGCAGCUUAUGUCCAACAAUGGCUACUCUUUCAGCUUUGCCACAACGUUAACUGGAUUCCAUUUUGCUGUGACGGCACUUGUUGGAAUGAUUUCAAAUGCUACUGGGCUCUCUUCGUCAAAGCAUAUUCCUUUAUGGGAGCUUAUUUGGUUUUCAAUAGUUGCUAAUAUGUCAAUUACAGGCAUGAACUUCAGUCUCAUGCUUAACUCAGUUGGGUUUUAUCAGAUUUCAAAAUUAAGCAUGAUUCCAGUGGUGUGUGUUAUGGAAUGGAUCAUUCACAGUAAGCACUACACGAGGGAGAUAAAAAUGGCUGUUGUGGUGGUUGUUAUUGGAGUGGGAGUUUGCACUGUGACUGAUGUCAAAAUUAAUGCCAAAGGGUUUCUUUGUGCGUGUGUAGCAGUGCUUUCUACCUCAUUGCAACAGAUUUCCAUAGGUUCCUUGCAAAAGAAGUACUCAAUUGGAUCUUUUGAAUUAUUGAGCAGAACAGCUCCUAUUCAAGCUGCAUCUCUCCUUGUAUUUGGUCCUUUUGUUGACUAUUUUCUUUCCGGAAAUUUGAUACUGGACUACAAGUAUUCUUCUGGUGCAAUUUUUUUUAUACUGCUUUCAUGCUCUCUUGCCGUGUUUUGCAACAUCAGCCAAUAUCUGUGCAUAGGGCGUUUCUCCGCAGUUUCCUUCCAGGUUUUAGGACACAUGAAGACAGUUUGUGUCCUGACAUUGGGGUGGCUGCUCUUUGAUUCCGAGCUAACUAUGAAGAAUAUCAUGGGAAUGCUGACAGCAGUUGUUGGAAUGGUGAUUUAUAGUUGGGCAGUUGAGCUUGAGAAGGCCUCCAAUGCAAAGAUCACUCCCACCUCUAAACACAGUUUGACAGAAGAGGAACUUAGAUUACUUAAGGAGGGAAUGGAAAACGAUCCCAUCAAGGAUAAUGAACUUGGUGAUUCCAAGGUGUGAUGUCACUGUGAGGCUCAGGAAAUGUAGAGGUUUCUUGCAGGGCCGUGUUUUCCUUUGAUGUUUUUAGAUUUUUUUUUUAUUCUUACUGCCUCAUAGUCCAUCCGAUUUGGGUGCCGAUUCAGUAUCUGUUUUUUGUUUUCGUUUUUACCAUAAAAUCUGUGUGAGUUUUUUUAUAUAUAAAGAGGACUGACUGGUUGCUUACCUGUUAGAAAUAUGUCUAUUGGUUUUUUAUUUAUAAUAAUAAUUAAUAUUAGUAAUCCUAUUGUUUGUAUAUUAA